CAACAGUCACAACAACUAACUAAUUCCUUCGUUACCUCGUCAGAUUUUGUUGCUUUCUCCUUUGGACGGGCAGUUUGAUUGAGCUAAUCCCAAGCGAGCUCUGGAAGGAGCUGAGGCGGGAAGAUGCUACUUGCUCACAGGCUGGCCUCGGCGAGAGCUUGCCUGGCUGGAAGAUCACCGUUGAUUGUCCGUACUUGCGUGACUUAUGUGCCGAGCAAGAAACCUUUCGUCUACUACGUUGAAAAGGACGGGCAACAGGUUCCUCUGGACUUAGAAAGCCCAGAUGCACCGCAGUGGCACGACAACAACGACGAUUUCUGGAGAAAAGCAGAUUUGUUUGUGCAAGACCAGCCAGAGGUGCAUCCGCCGUAUCAUCACAUGAAAUGGGCACUGGGACUUCUGGGCUUCGGCAGUCUGUUCUACUUCGUUUUCCUCCAGGACGGCAGCGCAGGGCGGGCAUGGUGCGAUGGUUGGACGAAUCAAGACAAGUACCUGAUGUUUGGCAUGGACCCUGGCGAAUAUCUCACCAAGGAGGAUAGAGAAGUGAUUGCCAAGCGACGCGAGAUCGCACGAAAACUGCCGUUGCUGACACGUCUUGCAGAGAUCCAGCGUCGCAACCCUCUGGACAUCCAGCGCGAGGCCUAUCUUGUAGCGAGAGACCAAUCUCGCCUGACCCUGGGAAUUAUGGAAAAUAAAAUGCGUCGCCGCUCUCCCCAGCAAGUGCAGGAUGCCACCGGUAACAUUGGCUUCUCUCUGAUCCACGAGCUAGAAAUGUCCCGCACCGCACCAAAGCCGGACAUCAGCAAGUACAAAACACCGAUCGGUGGGACUGGCCCUGGCUGAAUAGCAUGCGCACCUAGCGAGCACAGCGCUAUCUCGCUGGCGGCGGCGGCACAAACUUUGAAGUUGCUGUUUGGAAGUGGAUGCAUGAAUGCAAUCGCUGCUCUUGUUCCGUGCAGUGCUCACAGAAUAGCAAUUGCCGACAAAGCGGAGUCCCGCAGCCUCCAAACACAAAUCACUUUUAUCUCUAGAGUUCAAUUCAUGUUGGAAGUGCCUGAUCCUAUUGCUACUCCGUGUCUUGCUGGUGUUCUUGCCUUUGUUCAAGUCACUAAAUGUGUUACUGCAGUAGUUACUGGCGGUAUGUAUUUAUUGCUAUAAUUUCUCCGUUGCAUCCAACUUGUUAGUUUACCAGUUUACCUGACAUCUUUUUAAGUAAAGUUUCAACAUGUGGGCCAUGAACGAUUGAUUUGGAGUUGCAUCCCAAAGGCAUUACUGUGUGGGCAUGUGUUCAUGUACUUUCA